CGUAGCAAGAGGGAAUAGCUCUAUUUUCCUUUAUUGUUAUUCUAAGUUCGAGAAAAAUUUGUGUGAAAUGGAGAUACACUGUUUUGCUAUUCUUAACCAAAUAUGCUAAGUGAAAAAGUUAUUACUCGUGACAUAUCGUAAUUGAUUGAAAAUAGAAAAUAAUAUUAUCCCAUUUCCACACAAGUGUUUCUCCCUAAACUCGCCUCCUCUUUAGAAAAUCAUCUCUAGGCUAAAAUGUAUACUACACAUGGUUAACUUAAACUCAAAAGCUCCACCAAAACAAAACAAUCUUUUGGCUAAAAAAAGAAGUUUCCUGAAGUAUACAAAUUCUUUUCACCUCCUGAAAAUUAAUAAUUAAACGAACCCUAAGCAAAUAAUAUCAGUGAAAAUUCCUACUAUCCGCCUCUUACUCGCUCAAAUUGAUGAAAUUGAUUUCUUUUAAUGUCAAAAUGUUCCAACUUUCCAUGUUCAAAGUUAUUGUGUAACGUUAUGCAUUUAGUUGACUGGAUUUUAGCCAAAACAUUGAAGAAAGAAUAUAUAAGAUCCAUACUAUUUCCGGUUCCUUAUAUCCACAUCAUCAUCUGACAUAAAUCAAUAAAAACUGUUUUCGACCAAAUAAAAAAAAUAAAAAAAAUAGAAACUGUGACAACAGGAAAAGGAUCUGCAUAUUCAAAAAUAAAUAAAUUUGAAGGAAAUAAAAAAAAACCAUUUUCAUUUUCAAAUCACCUGCUCCUAAAAGUAAAAGAUGCCACAGAGUCAAUGGCAGAUUGCCAUUUUUAUCUAACUUCGGUAUAUCCCAAAUAUCAGGAAAAAUUCAAAACCCAACAUUUAUGGAAUUUCAAAUCCCAAGAUUACCCCCUCCCCUUCUCUCUCUACCUCUCUUUCUCUCUCUGCCUGUCUCUCUCUCUUCUUAAUAAGCAGCGUCUGCAUCCCCCCAAAGGAUUCAGAUCUGCUUGAUCAGCUCUCGUUUGGGAAAGACCCAUUGUCAACCAAAGCUCUGUUUCAAAGAUUUUGAUGCAGAAAGAAUGGCAGAGACUGAGUUAAGAAUCAUGGAGAAGAGGGAAUCACUGUGAAAAAGAUACGGAAACUGAUCAAACAUCUUCUCUCCAACCCAAGAUAGAAAGCAAAGUCUCAGCCUUUUUCGGCUCUCUCACUCAUACAACUCUUUUUAGGGACAAAGGAGAAGCUAUAAAAAGCUGUCCUUUUUAGUGGGUAAAUGGGCUUUUAAUGCCUGCACUGUUUUCCAGCUCUUAUAGUACACAGUCUGAGUCUACUUCAACAUAUAACAGAUAGAGAAAGAGAGAGAUAUAUCAGAGAAAUUUAUGGCUUUAAUUAUAAGUUAAGAAGGGUAGAGGGUUGCAGAAGCAGAAGAUAGCAGAAAGGGGUAUUCUUUUUUUUUUUUAUCUUUCUUUUAAGAGAGAGAGAGAGACGGAGGAAGAAGCAUAAUACUCAGAAGGGUUUUUGAAAGAGAAGCUUUUGAAAAAGAAAACAAAAUUCGGAAAAUAUUCACGGGAUUGUCAGUGGGUAAUUGGGUAUCUUUCAUUUUGAGUACACGUUGCUCCAGAAAGUUGAGAUUUUUAGUGUGAGAGAGAGAGAGAGAGAGAGAGAGAGAGAGAGAGAGAGAGAGAGUAGAAAUAGAGAGAGAGUGAAGCGGUGGUGGUGGUGCCUUUUGUCGUUGUAGUUUUGCCAAGUUUAGUCAGAAGACAAAGUGGGAGUAAAUUCGGCGCUUUUUUUGAAUUUAAGAUUUUAAGGAGGCGGUGUGAAGUGAAGUGGUGGGGGCAUCUGGCUUGUAUCUUCAGAUUCUAGAAAGAGAGAAAGAGCAAAAAUAUGGGGAGAGCUACAAGAUGGUUGAAGGGCUUGUUGGGGAUGAAGAAAGAGAAAGACCAUGUUGGCAAUACAAGCACUACGUCUGGUGAUCGGAAGGAGAAGAAACGGUGGAGUUUUGCCAAGUCGGGGAAAGACACAGGUAGUACAAUUGAUCAUGUUACAAACAAUCUUCCACCAAAUGUUCCUGUCCCCGACUCUGCUUGGCUCAGAUCCUAUCUUGCUGAGUCAGACAAGGAGCAGAACAAGCACGCAAUUGCGGUGGCUGCUGCCACCGCAGCUGCUGCUGAUGCCGCCGUGGUCGCGGCUCAGGCGGCCGUGGCGGUUGUGAGGCUGACAAGUCAAGGCGGUGGACUCAUGUUUGGAAAAAAAGAGAGAUGGGCUGCAAUGAAGAUUCAAACUGUUUUCAGAGGCUAUCUGGCACGAAAGGCACACCGAGCUCUUAGAGGACUGGUUAAGUUACAGGCUCUUGUUAGAGGCUAUCUUGUUCGGAAACGGGCUGCUGCUACUCUUCACAGUAUGCAAGCUCUUUUUAGAGCACAGACAACUGUCCGAUUCCAGCGAGCACGUCGUUCUUUCAAUAAAGAGAACAGGUUUCUACCUGAAAUCAAAGCCCGGAAGUCCGUUCAGGAAAGAUUUGACGAUGCAAGAAGUGAAUUUUAUAGCAGGAGGCUAUCUGCAACUUAUGAAACUUCCAUUAAUGGCUUUGAUGAAAGCCCAAAAAUUGUGGAAAUUGACACAUUCAAAACCAGAUCCAGGUCUCGUAGAUUCAACACCGUACUAUCUGAAUGUAGUGAAGACCUGCCUUACCAAACAAUCUCAUCACCACUUCCCUGUCCAUUUCCAACCCGUAUUUCUAUACCUGAUAGACAGAAGCCUCAAGAUUUUGAAUGGUGCUUUAAUGGUGACGAAUGCAAGUUCUCUACUGCCCACAACACUCCGCGGUUCACAAACUCUUUUCGAUCCAAUGCUCCCAGUACACCAGCCAAGAGUGUUUGUGGAGACACCUUCUUUCAGCCUUACUCAAACUUCCCAAACUACAUGUCAAGCACUCAAUCAUUCAACGCAAAGUCAAGGUCCCACAGUGCCCCUAAGCAAAGGCCGGAACCAGGGCCGAAGAAGAGGCUUUCGCUUAAUGAAAUGAUGGCAGCAAGAAACAGCAUAAGCGGAGUUCGAAUGCAUCGAUCGUGUAAUCAAGUCCAAGAAGAAGAAGAGGAAGAAGUCUUGAAUUAUUGAGCAAGCUGCAAUUAGAAAGGUCCUCUGUCUUUGGUUAAAAUCAGGGAGGGCUUUGCAUAGAAGAUGGUAAAAAAAACAGAUUGGAGAGAAGAAGAACCUCUCUGUGCCUUAUUUUCCCCACUUUAGUAUUAACAAUGAAUAGGGUAGAACACAGAGUGCUUGUGUAAAUUCUUUUUUCUUUUUUUCCUUCCAUUUUCCUUUUUCUCAACAGUUUCUUUCAAUUGUGUCUUAUGAUCUACGAGUAAAUGAGAUGAAAGGAGCUUCUACAUGUUAA